GCUUCCUGUACAGUCAUGACAUCAUCCUCCUGCUCAUAUAUAUAUUGGGGAUGGCCAGAGCAUCUCUCAUAGUUCACUCCCUUUCAAAGCCAGCUAAAGGCUAGAGCAAGCACCGGGAAAGCACCUUCAGUGUCUUCCUGGCUGUGUGGACCUGCUAUCAGAAGGCUGAGAGAUGAUGAUAGGAAUGAACCUCCAGCUGGUGUGCCUGACACUCCUGGCUUUUAGCUCCUGGAGUCUGUGCUCAGACUCAGAAGAGGAUGUGAGAGCAUUGGAGGCAGGUUUAUUGACAAAUAUGCAUGCAUCAAAGAUCAGUAAAGCAAGUGUGCCCUCUUGGAAAAUGACCUUGCUAAAUGUUUGCAGCCUUAUAAAUAACCUGAACAGCCCAGCCGAGGAAGCAGGAGAUAUGCGUGAUGAAGAUGUUGUUGGGAAAAGGAAACUUCCCCUUGUUCUAGAUGGUUUUAGCCUGGAAGCAAUGCUGACCAUAUUCCAGCUCCAGAAAAUCUGCCACAGCCGGGCCUUUCAACACUGGGAGAUAAUUCAGGAAGAUAUCCUUGAUAAUGGCAAUGACAAAAGUGAGAAGGAAGAUGUGAUAAAGAGAAAAAUCCCUUAUAUUCUGAAAAGGCAGCUGUAUGAGAGCAAACCUAGAAGGCCCUACAUACUCAAGAGGGGCUCCUACUAUUACUGAAAAGUUACUUCUUAACAUGUGAUUGUGACCAAUCACCCUUUAUCUAGAUAUAUAAUCAUAUCUUUACCUAGAUAUAUAAUCAUAUGUGUACAAAUGUGUGAGAACUUAAUUAUUUCAUCUCUUCCACAAUUGUGGCUUAAUGGAUGUGAUUCUUCUGCAUUCAUGUAAAUUUGACUGACUGUUUUCAAAUAAAUGUAUAUCCUGGGCAUGUUGUGUUCUGCAUAAUUGAAAUAGAUAAAAAUCAUAUAACAUAUAGAUUGUUUUGUAUUUUUGCAAGAAAUAUUAUAGGUUGUAUGAACAGUCACAACAUUUGGCAUUACAGCAAAGUAAUAAAGCAAAGAAAUGAGCAUUCAUCGUUAACCUAAA